GGCUCGCGCCAAAUCUCGCCUGUUGCUUUGUGCUCCCGUUUGCGGAAGUAUGGCGUUCGCUACUCGCCAGUUUGUCCGAAAAAUGACGUCCAGCGCAGCUCGAGCCGCGGCUAUCAGACACGUGACGGUGAUCGGAGGGGGGCUCAUGGGGGCCGGCAUCGCACAGGUCGCCGCAGCCACGGGACACACGGUGGUGUUGGUGGACACCUCGGAGGACAUCCUCAAGAAGUCCGCCACGGGAAUCGAGGGCAGCCUGACGAGAAUUGCCAAGAAGAAGUUCGCGGACAAGCCAGAGGCUGGGCAGGAGUUUGUCCAGAAGGUGCUGAAGAACAUCUCGACGAGCACAGAUGCCGCGUCUGCGGUGCGCACCACUGACCUCGUGGUGGAGGCCAUCGUGGAGAACCUGAAAACCAAGCAGGAGCUCUUCAGCGCACUCGACAAAGUGGCCCCCGACCGCACGAUCUUCGUCAGCAAUACAUCAUCGCUCCCCAUCGCCGACAUCGCCAGCUCCACGGCGAGACUCGACCGCUUUGGCGGCCUGCACUUCUUCAACCCUGUCCCCAUGAUGAAGCUUGUGGAGGUGAUUAAAACAUCUCAGACGAGCCAGGAGACCUUUGACACCCUCGUCGACUUCAGCAAGGCGCUGGGGAAGCACCCGGUCCUGUGUAAAGACACGCCGGGCUUCAUCGUGAACCGGCUUCUCGUACCCUACCUGAUGGAGGCGAUCCGGCUGCACGAGAGAGGCCAUGGAUCCAAGGAGGACAUCGACAUGGCGAUGAAGCUCGGUGCUGGUUACCCCAUGGGGCCCUUCGAGCUCCUGGAUUAUGUCGGACUCGACACAUCAAAGUUCAUUAUGGACGGUUGGAACGAGAUGGAGCCAGAGAACCCCCUGUUUGCCCCCAGUCCGCUGCUCAACAAGCUGGUGGCUGAAGGCAAGUUUGGAAAGAAGACCGGAGAGGGAUUUUAUAAGCACAAAUAACAGGACGGACGACCUAGUUACAUGAAUGCGAUCGUACCCGAGGUCAGGAGAAAGCCAAGUGUGAAGAGUUGAGAAGGCAAGUCGUGUGCGUGGACUCUGUUUGACUUCUUGCUGCAUGUCUGAACUGUGCUGAAUUACCCAUCAUGGCAUUAAAAGGAGCUGUAUAAAAUAUUUUGUACAUGUUUAUGCUGAUGCUGUGAUCUUACAUUGUCAUAGAAGAGACCAGAAUAAAGGGGGUUGUUCAUAGCUGUAGUUCACACAGUGAACAUGAGGUGGCGCCCAAGAGCCAAUAAUUGCAGCUUCCCUGCUUUUAUAGUCCAGGGGGGUCCUCGACUGACAACGAGAGUCGUUCGGAUGGUCAGCCACGAGUCGAAAACCCCCUUCUACUGUAUAACGUAAUAUAAACAAUAUGCAUUAAUUUUACAUAGUAUAAUGGGCUUUCUUAUUUUUAAUUUCAUAGGAUGUUGCAGUUAAAAUACUUUUGACUCAUACAGUAUUCCAUUAUAAUAAUUGUAUGUCACGCUUAUUUUUCACUUGACUUUCUAAAUCAGUUUUCUUUUUUAUUUCCACACCACAAGAACAGUGUGGGUUUUGCAAAUAGGCAC